AAUACCCAGGGUGCCCAAGGAGAAAGUACCAUCAGGUCUCCGAAUCCAAGCAGUCAAGGCUCCCUGUCCAAUCAGCAACCAUGAAGUUCUCUCUGGUCGCCGCCCUUGUUGUUGUGCUGGCUCUGGCCAUUGGCAGCGAGUCGGUCUCCGUGGUGAAGCGCGAGGCUCCGGAGAUGGACAAAGUGACCGAGUACCUCAAUGAGCUGUCCGCCACCCUCACCCGGACCACCCAGGACCUCGUGGAGAAGCUGAAUGCCCAGGAGCUGGCUGGACAGGCCCAGUCGAUGGCCGCGAAGGUCCAGGAGCAGCUGAAGCCGCUGGCCACCGAAAUAGAGGACAAGCUGAAGCCCCUGGCUGAAUCGAUGCAGGCCAAGCUGAAGCCCAUGGCUGACGCCCUGCAGGCCCAGAUCCAGGAUCUGUGGAAGGCGGUCCAGGAACAGACCAAAGCCCUGGCCGCACCACCAGCACAGUGAAGCCCCACUCCCUCCUGCUCUGCUCUCCUGGGGGUGGGCGUCCGGGACCCUCGAGAACACCCCGCCCCCGCCCCCCCCCCAGCCUGGGCCUCCAUCUCCCCAGCCGCCA